AUGGAGCAGACCUCAAAUAUGCGGUUAGGGAAGUCGUUGCCAUUAGCAAAAGAGUCACGCAGUGAUUCGAUCGCCGCCGUUGCCGUUGCCGCUGCCGUUGCCGCUGCCGCUGCCGCGGCCGUUGACGAGACCGAAGCCCCGACGUGGCUGUUGAUUUGGCUAGGCGAAGCCAACCGGUCGAUCGCACCCCUAAUGUUACCCUGUGAGGCUAGGGCUUUUUUACUACCUCCGUCGGAGUGCCGUUGUUUUUCGCCUAGAUCGCUUCGAGUCUGCGGCAAUGGCGACGGCAGCGGUGGCGACGGCGGGGCGAUGGCUACUGGUACAUACUUUCGUCGUGUCGUCAUGGGUGUCGAACGUUUCGUGUGUCAUUGGAACAGUCCAGACGGCGCCAACACGUUGUUCGGCAACGACCGAUGCAUUACACUUAUCAAAACGUGGCCAUUAACCGAAGGACAGCAGCCACCGUCACCUCCGCCGACGCCUCUGCCUCGCGAAACCAGCACAUUUGCCUUGCGGUGGUGGACGUGUGACCUUAGGCCGGACGGCAGGCCUCGCCUUGACGUAUGCUGGGCAACAAACCAACGGCGCUGCAUGCGUCCGUAG